GGCGAUAUAUGACCGCACAGCAGACCUGUCAUUCCUCUGUUCAGCCGUCAACUAUGAACUUACAAUGCAUCCCUCCGAGUCUCAGCUGCCGCAUGCAAGUCGAUUGUCUAUAACAUACGUCACCUUACGAAACAUAUCAAUAUAAGGUUUCAAAUAUGAUCUUUUUCCGCGCAUCGAGAUGUUAAAAAGACACAAAGGUCCUAUCACGGGUGCUAGCUUAGCCCCGCUAGCAUGCCCUGUUAGCUGACCGUCGCCUUGGUAACGGAGCACGCCUUCGCCCUCCACUCUGACCCGAGGAGGAAGCUGAAAACUCCGGCUGGAUGUUUGACACUCUCCGGCCGCUUCGCAGAAGAUAUUCACACUGUGCGGCUACCAUGAAGACAAGGUUUACCACUGUGGAUAUCAGGGCAGUUAUUGCCGAGAUAAAUGCCAACUACCUUGGCAUGAGAGUCAACAACGUGUAUGACAUCGACAAUAAGACGUACCUUAUCCGGCUACAAAAGCCUGACAGUAAAGCUAUUCUGCUGGUUGAGUCUGGAACUCGGAUACACUCCACAGACUUUGAAUGGCCGAAGAACAUGAUGCCUUCAGGCUUUGCUAUGAAAUGUCGCAAACACCUGAAGACACGGCGGUUAACCCAGGUUAAGCAGCUUGGGAUUGACAGGAUUGUUGACAUCCAGUUCGGGUCAGACGAGGCUGCCUACCACUUGAUUAUUGAACUCUAUGACCGGGGUAACAUCAUCCUGGCAGACCACGAGUACACCAUCCUCAACCUGCUGCGGUUUCGCACAGCAGAGGAAGAAGAUGUUAAAAUCGCUGUAAGAGAACGGUACCCUGUGGAGAGUGCCCGACCCCCUGAACCGCUCAUCAGUUUAGAGCGACUCACUGAAAUCCUGAGCAAAGCGCAAAAUGGAGAUCAGAUAAAGCGAGUGCUGAAUCCUCACCUUCCUUAUGGAGCCGUGCUGAUAGAACACAGUUUGAUUGAGGCCGGCCUGCCAGGCUCUGUCAAACUCGACAGCCAAGUUGAGGCUGCACAAGUUGCACCUAAAAUCCUGGAAGCCAUGCAGAUUGCAGAAACAUACAUGGAAAAAACUGAGAACUUCAGUGGCAAAGGCUUCAUCAUUCAAAAGAGUGAGAAGAAACCAAGCUUAACUCCUGGCAAACCCAGUGAAGAACUGCUCACAUACGAUGAAUUCCACCCGUUUCUCUUUGCCCAGCAUGCUAAGAGCCCUUAUCUGGAGUUUGAUACUUUUGACAAGGCUGUGGAUGAGUUCUUUUCUAAGAUGGAGAGUCAGAAGAUUGACAUGAAGGCCCUGCAGCAGGAGAAACAAGCCAUGAAGAAGCUGGAAAAUGUCAAGAGGGACCACGUGCAGAGACUGGAGGCCUUGCACCAAGCACAGGAGGUAGACAGGAUAAAAGGCGAGCUGGUGGAGAUGAACCUGCCUGUGGUUGAGAGGGCGCUGCAGGUGGUGCGCAGUGCACUGGCCAAUCAGGUGGACUGGACUGAGAUCGGCAUCCUGGUCAAAGAAGCUCAAGCUGCCGGGGACCCAGUGGCCUGCGCCAUCAAGGAGCUGAAGCUGCAGACCAACCACAUCACCAUGCUUUUAAAGAAUCCAUACAUCACUGAGGAAGACCAGGAAGAGGAAGAGAAAACAGAGGUGGUAGAGGAGAAGGGGAAGAAGAACAAGAAUAAAGACAAAGGACAGAGCAAGAAGUUGCAAAAGAACAAGCCCAUGUUGGUGGAUGUGGACCUAGCUCUCUCGGCUUAUGCAAAUGCCAAAAAAUACUAUGACUUCAAACGCAGCGCUGAAAAGAAAGAACACAAAACAAUGGAAGCUGCAGAUAAGGCUAUGAAGUCUGCAGAGAAAAAAACACAAAAAACAUUAAAAGAGGUCCAGACUGUGACCACCAUCCAGAAGGCCAGGAAAGUCUACUGGUUUGAGAAGUUCUUAUGGUUCAUCAGUUCAGAGAAUUAUCUCAUCAUCGCUGGAAGAGAUCAGCAGCAGAACGAGAUGAUUGUGAAACGUUACCUCCGGGCAGGUGAUGUCUAUGUCCAUGCUGACCUCCAUGGAGCAACUAGCUGUGUCAUCAAAAACCCCUCAGGUGUUCCCAUCCCUCCUCGUACCCUGACAGAGGCUGGCACCAUGUCUGUGUGCUACAGUGCUGCUUGGGAUGCCAAGAUCAUCACCAGUGCUUGGUGGGUUCAUCAUCAUCAGGUGUCUAAGACAGCUCCGACUGGAGAGUACUUGACUACUGGAAGUUUCAUGAUCAGAGGAAAGAAAAACUUUCUGCCACCUUCUUACCUGAUCAUGGGCUUUGGAUUCCUCUUCAAGGUUGAUGAUGAAAGCGUGGUCAGGCACAGAGGGGAGAGGAAGGUGAAGACGGUGGAGGAAGACAUGGAGGAUGUGACGUCCACUACUGCUGAGCUGCUAGCAGAGGGAGAGGAGCUGACAGGUGAUGACAGCAGUAAUGAAGAUCAGAGUGAGGAGAGAACCUCAGGAGACACAGAGAAGCACCAGAAGAAUGAAAAAUCGGAUGAUGGUGGAAGUGGAGAUCUGGCCGCUGUUCCUGAGGAUGGAGACAUGGAAGCUGAAGCAGAGGACGAAAGUGAGGAGGAAGAGGAGAUAAAGAAAGAGGAAAGCGAAGAAUUCAGCUUUCCAGACACGACCAUCUCCCUUUCGCAUUUACAACCUAGCAGAAGCGCUCAGACUCCUGGUUUCAAACAGGAAGUGACUGCGCAGGUUGAGGCAGAUUCACAGGGGAGGAAACACAUGACUGCUAAGCAGAGGAGAGAAGAUAAGAAGAAGAAGCAGAAGCAGGAAGGCAUGGACAUUGAGGAGAAGACUGAGCCUCCAGCAGGAGGAUCAGCAGGAGGAUCAGCAGUCGAUCAGGGAUCCAAAGGUGGCGGAGGCCCCUCCCAGCCACCUCUGAAGAGAGGUCAAAAGAACAAGAUUAAGAAGAUCAAAGAAAAGUACAAGGACCAGGAUGAAGAGGACAGAGAGCUGAUGAUGCAGCUGCUCGGGUCGGCCGGUUCCAAAAAGGAAGAGAAGGAUAAAGGGAAGAAAGGGAAGAAGGGAAAAGGUAAAGAGGAACAAUUCAGGAAACCAGCCCCUCAGAAACAACCACCGAAACCUCGCACUGUGGAGACCUUGGUGAAGAAAUCGGAGCAGACGGAAGGAGGGGAGGGUGGAGAGCAGAAACAACCUGAGGAGGGAGAACCUGCCGAACAGGAGGACAAGGAAGAUGAAGUAGACCAGGACAACCCUGGAGCAGAGGAAGCAGAGAACCUGCUCACCUCUCUGACAGGCCAGCCUCAUGCUGAAGAUGUGCUUCUGUUUGCUGUCCCUGUCUGUGCUCCAUACACCGCCCUCACCAACUACAAACAUAAGGUGAAGCUGACACCUGGUGCUCAGAAGAAAGGCAAAGCUGCUCGCACUGCAGUUCUGAGCUUUAUGAAAACCAAAGACACGUCAACCAGAGAAAAAGACCUGUUCCGCAGCGUCAAGGACACUGAUCUAUCCAGAAACAUGCCGGGCAAAGUCAAAGUGUCCGCUCCAAACCUUCUGGCUGCCAAGAAGAAAUGAGAGACUUAAGAACACAGAGCUGACGUGUUGACUCACUCUGUUAUCAACAGCGCAUUGCAGCUGUGGAGCUCACCUGACCUCAUCUACAUUCAGACAGUACAGAUUAAGACCCAUUCGUCACCCUGUGUGAUUCUAGAUAAUUUUAUUCUAAAUAAUUGAUUGUAUUUGUUGACCAACACUUUGUUUCAAAUGAACACAUGUAAAUUAACAAAGAUGAACAGACCAUCA